UGGGUCAGUGGGCGGAGUCAGUGACGUCACUAUCAUACAAUUUUUUUUUGUUUUUUUGUUGAUGGUGACGCAGCGCGACUGUAAGAGGGGAGACAGAUAUAGAAGCGGGAAUAAUAACCCACACGUUUUAGUACGUGACACGCAGCGAGCUGAGAGGAGGUGUAACGGAAUCGUGUGAGACGUCCGUUAUAACCGUCGGCCCUUCUCGAAGGUUCUGUCACUUUGGCACGAGCUGUCACGCAGAGCAGCCCAGCGGUUGUCAAGGCAACACAAUCCAACCUUGUUUAUUUAAAGCCGCCGUGUAGAUAAGAGAAAAGCGGCUUCUCCUCGGUGGACACUUCUAAAUAAAGGACAGUAAAUUGAGAUCGCUUGCAAGUUAAUUUUACUUUCCAUUUGUCACUUGGCGCAGUGGGUGCAGCAAGGCUGGGAAGACAUGGUAGAUUACUAUGACAUUCUGGGAGUGUCACACAAUGCCUCUCCAGAUGACAUCAAAAGAGCAUACAGGAAGCAGGCCUUGCGGUGGCACCCAGACAAAAAUCCAGACAACAAGGAGGAGGCAGAGAAAAAGUUUAAAGAAAUUGCAGAGGCCUACGAAGUUCUGUCAGACAAAAGCAAACGAGAAGCAUAUGAUGCUUAUGGAAAAGAUGACAUGCCAGUCUCAGGCUCUGGCGGUGGCGCUUAUCCCGACUUCCCAGGAUUUACUUUCACAUUCCGCAGCCCAGACGAGGUGUUUCGGGAGUUCUUUGGAGGCCAGGAUCCAUUUGCUGACUUCUUUGAAGAUUUCUCGUUUCGGGGCCUACACAGUGGGAUGCAUAGUGCUUUUCCUGGACACCAUGGCCCUUCCAGACUCGGGACCAGCCGUUUUUUCUCCUUUCCCUCAGAUGUUGACUUCAAUACCUUCUCAUCUUCCUCACGGGGAGGUUUUGGCACUGGAGGGGGGAAUAUUAAAACUGUGUCCACUUCCACACGGAUUGUGAACGGGAAACGAACCACAACAAAAAAGAUCAGAGAGAAUGGGCAGGAGAGAACAGAGAUUGAGGAAGAUGGGGUUCUGAAGACUGUCCUAAUCAAUGGUGUAGAAGAUGAGAUGGCUUUAGCCAUGGAACUCAGCCUCAGGCAACAAUGUAGUCCACCUCAUCGAACAGAACAGAAUCAGAUCCCUGCCAACGUUGCCUACUCUAAUUUGGCCAAUCACAACCCUCGAAACCGUACCCAGCGCUCCUUCAGCUCCACCCCUUUCUUCAGUUACCCCAGCGACAAUGACGAGGAGGACGAAGACCUGCAGAUGGCACUGGCGUGCAGUCUGUCCGAGAUGGAGGCCCAGCAGCGGGCAGCCGACUCCACCCAGGACAUGGUCUCAGGUGCCAGGGGAGGGCGGGUCAAGCAGCGGAAGGGGAAAGAUGCUAAUCAUGAGCCUAUAUCAGUGAGGAAUGGGAUAAAUGAAACCGCACAUGAAUCAGCACAAAUCACCUGUUCAUCUCUAGAGGAAAAUGGAACAGAGAAUGAUAGAGGGGGAUUAGAAAAGAGUGCUAGCCAGGAGGCAGUUCUUUUAGAGGGUGGGAAAGGAGAAGAACAAGUUGCCAAUGGUACUACUGUGAUGAAACGUAAGAGGAAGUGUCAGUGUGUGGUUUGUUGAGUUGAAAUACUAAGUAAUCCUUAGACCUAAAACAUAUGGAGGACACGCCGUUCAACAUUGCUGCAUGAUAUUCUUAACCCUGUUUAUGGCUGCUAUCUUGACUUUGAAGUUUUGUGUAGUGUGAUAAAAGAGAACUCUUUGUUUGUCAGAGAGGUUAACAGUAUCUGUGCCAAAGAGGAUAGUUCUGAUAACUCACUGGUUUUAUUCGAAGAUGUUAAUGCUUCAAGCAGUAUUUGUUUCAUACUAAGUUAUGUUUGGUAGAUAAUUUUUUGGUUUGUUUACUGUUGGUUAUUUUGUCUUAUUUUGCAAUAUUUGAAGUUCUUUUCAAGCUCACCAGUGCAAAAACAGGAUAGAUUCUGCUGUGUCUAAGGAUGUACUGUAAUGCUAUGCCUCAUACACUUAACGUUAUUCAUCACAAUGAUGCGAUAAAUUACCCCCUCUUGUACUCUAACUACAAUCAAAUCUUAGGGAAACUAAACAGCACUUAAUUCAAGUGCAGUGAAUGUAUGUUUAUGAUGAACAUUGGAACAGGGGAUUUUGUUAAUGAAUGUGUUGUAGAUUGUAGUCGGUGUGUGUCAGAAUGAAUCAUACGUUGGUGAUGUUCAGUGCCUUGAAAAUGUUAUAUAUGAUGUGCCAACUAUUGUCAGUGUUGCCAAUGAUAAGAGAUAUGUCAUGUUGUCACCUGCUUAUCCAUUUUUAAUGACAUAAAUUGUCAGUACAUCAUCACAAGUUUUUUUACUCAAUUGUCAGAUUAAGGGAGAAUCAGUUCUCUUAUAAGCAAUAGGCGGAAUGUAAAAAAAGCAACAAAUCAAUAAAAAAGCACAUAAUGUUUUCAGAGGUACAGAAUAAUGUCAUGUUAAUACAGCCUUUUUAUAUGAGUAACAAUGUAUGUUUUAUUAGUGAAUAUAUUCUGAAAGUCUUGGAACGGAAAGAUGAAACGUAUCCAGAGCUCUGAGUCUGACUUCCAGGCCUUCAGGGGCUGAGUGUUCACCAAGUCCCCCUUCUCUCCCCUUGAGGUAAAGAGAAGUUUAGCAUAAACACCAAACCCGGUACAUGUUUAUUUUGUGUGCAGUGUCCCCUAACACCAGACCUUUAUUUCUGAAAGGGUAGGCUGCCCUUAAUUUUUAAUUUUGUAUUUAAUGGUAGACUUCAUUAUGUGCAUUUAAAUUUGAAUUUGUAAUCAGAGUAAAUCGUAAUGAGCUCUACCAGCUCAAGGGUUGCCGAAUCCUAUCUAAUAGUACAGUAGUAUUACCUUUAUAUAAUUUAAGACUGCUUAGAGGAUAGCAGUAUGAUAAGGGAAUACAUUUAUUCAUGUGUCUGUGUAGUGGUACUCAUUCUAACGAUUUGCUAGUCUUGGCAUGUGGAGUGGUGUGGUGUGCAGUAGAGCAUUAAACGUACAUAAGUCUGUCUCAGUGACAGCACUAAUGCCUCGUCCAUCCAUGUGCCCUGAACAGGUGAAGAGCUCCCAUGUGCUCUACUCUCCCUCUGGCUGUCCUGCUGCUCAGACUCUUUUCAAAGUUUUAUUUGGAAAAAUACAAGACAAACAAGUCAAUAAGUCUGCUAAGAUUGUGUGUGUGUGUGAGAGAGAAUUUCUGAGAAGAUUAAAAAAAAUGGAAAUCUAUUUAACAAUAUGAUGAUGUUCAUAAAGAUUGUCAAAUCUCAUUUGUGGCAUGUUAUCAUGUCUUACAUAAAAGGUUACUAGGCAGCA